CUAAGAUUCCUUUCACCCGAGGCAUGGCAAAAUCAUACACGAGACCCAUUUAUCAAAUGCCUGAAAAAUCAAGGUUUACAGUUUUCCAUUGUCUUUUAAUCCUUCAAAGGGAUUAAGUUAGUCCAAGCCACGUCAUGUUUUAGCACAGUCACUUAGGCCGUACACCUACCUGGGCCUAUUUACGCCAUAGGCUCAAAAUAUCGGUCGUUAUACAUACUGUACAUGCAACGUGCAUGACUGGAUAUCCAACAAGACUUGCAGGAUAACGAAAUGGCCGUGCGUAACGUUGCUAGAAUCGUCUGCAUUCUGGUGCUAUUAGCAAAUAUUGGUGUUUCAAAAACGAAAACAGGCAGCACCAUAGAGGAUGAAGGAUCCAAGGGAAAGGUUUUGGUGUUCGGAGGAACUGGAUUCAUCGGUUCUCAUAUUGUGGAGCAACUUCUUGAUAAUGGCUACGAGGUGACCUUGACCCACCGAGGAUCUUGGUACUGGGACAGUGCCAAGUUUAAGGACAAGGUCAUGUCCAUCACAUGUGACAGAGACUGGCCAAUGAAAACAAGCUGUCCAAAAUUAAUGCGGUACAUCCAGUUUAAUAUUUUUGAGAGCGUUGUUGACGUAAGCGGUGUGGAUUAUCAUCACGUGCGUGACGCUAUCACCGCUUUGCGGAAUCGCACUAAAUUGUAUGUGUACAUAAGUUCUGAUUCGGUUUACGAAGUGUGCAACAAGAGUCAUUCUGAUCCAACGAAGGAAAGCGAUGCCGUCAGGCCAACAUCCACGGCGAAAGUGGCUGAGUAUGCUAAUGCCGAUGCGUAUGGCAACAAGAAAUUUGUUUCUGAGAACGAUGUCAUCAAACAAAGACUCCGCGGAGGAUUUCCAUUCGUUAUUCUCCGGCUCCCUGAUGUCAUCGGCCCACGUGACACCAGUCCAAGAUGGCUGACUUACCAAGUAUGGCAAACCUAUGCCCAAAUGAUGACAACGUUUGUUCGAAUACCAAAAGACACCGCACAUGUGGCGUCAAGUUAUGUUUUCGUGAAAGACGUUGCUCGUGUUGUUAUCAAGCUUUUACAACCACAGCCUGAGGUAUAUGAUACCGUAUAUAAUGUAGCAUUCCGGGAAACAAAUUUGACCCUGGAGCUUCUACUCCGGGAAAUGGCGGAUGCCUUGGGUCUGAUUGACCCAAUAUAUUCUUUCGUUGACGCCGAAGAUACUGAUGCCCGUGCCUUGUACCCCUCAGUCCAGAAGGGUCCACUAGAUGUCUCCAAGAUCAAGAGGGUUUUGGGUUUCGAACCGACACCCCUGAAAGAGGCAAUUCAAGAAACUGUUGCCUUUUACAUUGAGGCAAUAGAAAGCGGGAAGUAUUCUGACCAGUUGCUAAAAAUGGAAGAUCUGUUUACGAAGUUUAAACUCCUUGCAGGGCCAAGCAGAUACAAACAACUUAUCAAGGAGCUCAGGCUCGAAAAGGAACUUCUAUAGGCUUUGUUUUACUAAUUGUGGAGCGAGUGGGCCCAGCUGCUGACCUCUACGUGACUGUACCACGCCAUGUUAGAAAACUGAGCCUGGUUCGACUCGUUGGAAAAAAACAUCCAUCAAAGCGUGAAUAGUGCAUAUAUGCUAUGAGCAGACAAUGUUCAGUCUGCAUCUUUGAUUUGCAUAGUGUGUGGAAAAAGAGUGUCUCAAA